AUGCUUCACAUUCAAGACCUCCCUCAGGAGCUGCUUCUGCAUAUUUUCUCCUCUGUUGCCCAUAGCGAUCCUUCCAACCCACUGGAUCAGAACACCAAGUCUUCCGAUGAAAACGCCAAGACCCAACCCCAACAACCUCCUGCUGAUAGACUGUUCCCACGCCCUCCUUGGGUCGCUGGGGAUAAAGAUGAUGAGACCGACGAGGAGAAUCCCGAGGAUGAUUGGGAGGGAGGGAGCACACAGAUCCAGGACGUGAUCGACGUGUACAAUCUGUGUCGGGUGUGCCGCUUAUUCCGCGAACUCGCCCAGCCCCUGCUAUUCGAGCAUGUUGAUUUGUCUGGCUUCCCUGGUGACCUGCGGAACCUCGUUCUUCUUACCAGCACCGUCCUUCGCCGUCCCAGCCUAGGCGAACAUAUCCGCAGCCUCUCCGUCCUUCCAGACCACGAUCAUCACGUCUUUGAUAAAAGCCCAAAGCCCCUGACCGCCGACGACCGAAAGCUCUUUACCUCCUCCAUACGUGAUAUUGGCUUAGCCACGGAGGACGAGCGCGACUGGAUGAGUGCUUUGAAGAAGGAGGAAUUCGACUACAGUCUUAUGGUCAUCUUGCUCAUCUUGAAAGCUCCAAAUCUCCGCUUGUUGACAUUGGCGGGAGGUUACUUUGCCAUGAAGCCACUCGAACAACUCUGGAAGCGCCAUCCCGCCGUAUUGUCAAAACUCGAGGACCUGUGGUUGGAGGGUGACGAUCUCCUCAAGGGCUAUCCGCUUACUAUUUACGAGGAGAUGAUCAGUCGGCCUCAGUUACGCUCGUUAAAUAUUGAAGAAGCCCACCUCAGUGACGACCUAUUUCCCGCCUGUUGGACUCCACAAUCGUUAACCACGAGCCGGAUCAGCCUACGCCUCUGCCACAUCGAUGCCCCCUCUGUCACCAAGUUACUUCGCGCAUGCCGUACAGUGACCCACUUCAUCUACGACAACUUUACCAUCGACCCUGAGGACCAGCCUCAUAACCUCCGCCCCGUUCGCGAAGCUACCGCUCCCGAGUUAUGCGCCGCGCUCCUCCCCCACAAGGACACCCUAGAAUGCCUGACAGUGACCUUCAACCGCGAACCCCGCGAACGAGAGAACAUCGAUGAUUACGUGGCCCGCCAGGCGAAGAUCGGCCCGCUGCGCGACUUCUCCGUGCUCCGGCGACUCACCGUUCAGCAAGCGUUCCUGCCGCUGCAGCCCCAGUUCCCUUCCACCCUCGAACAGCUCACUGUCGACGACUGCAACGUCUCCGUCCGUGGGUUGGCCGAGCAUCUGGCUAAGGAGCAUCGACAGGGGUGCCUUCCCGCACUCAAGCGCGUCGAAAUGCUCGCCGUGGACAUCACCGACCCCAUCAAACUUCCGGGUCAGCAGAUCCCAUUUGGCCAGACGCCGGAGCAGUCUUACACUAGCAUUAAGGAUCUGUUCAAGGAUACGUCCGUCGAUUUCACCAUCCUUCCUUAUCCGGAUUGUCCGCAGAACCUCGCUGGCGACUCCGACCUCGACGACUACUCUGAUGAUGACCCUUACGAUAUGACUGAUGAGUAUGGCUUACUGGGUCUCCGCGAAGGGGGUAACAGCCUGUUCCAGGCGAUGCUCAUGCAAGCGAUGCGGGCACAGGGGGACCAUUACAUGGAUGAUGAGUUCGACGAGUGA